AUGGAGCUUGCUAUAGCUGUUCAAAACAUAAAAAUUGUUGAAGAGUUUGGUGGGUACAAUUAUGCAUCAACAGAUCUUGCUGCUCUGUGGUACCGACUGAACGAGGAAAAGGCUGAAUGGAUUAUAUAUGUUACUGAUGUUGGCCAAAGAGAGCACUUUGAAAUGCUUUUUGCUGCGGCCAAACGAGCCGGUUGGCUUCCAGCUGAUGGCAGUAAGUAUCCUAAAGCUAGUCAUGUCGGGUUUGGGCUUGUCCUUGGAGAAGAUGUAAAACGAUUCCGUACUCGCAGUACUGAAACUGUCAAACUGGUUGAUUUACUAAUUGAAGCCAAAAGUAGAUGCAAAACCGCUUUAAUUGAAAGAGGCAAAGAUAAAGAAUGGACUGAGGAGGAGCUUGAUAAAACUGCUGAAGCAGUUGGAUAUGGGGCUGUUAAAUAUGCUGAUCUGAAGAAUAACCGGACAACGAACUAUACAUUUAGUUUUGACCAGAUGCUCAAUGAUAAGGUGAGUUACAAAGAUCAUAAGCAUAAGUGAAAGAAUUAGUUAAUA